UGGACAAUAGCAGCUCAUAGUUCCAUGCAUUGUUGCUCUACUUCUGCUCUCGUCACUUCAUUUGUAGUAAAUUUAAAAAUAUAUAUUAAUCAAAUAAUUAUUGUUUUGGUGUCCUCACGUCAUGGCAAUUGCACACGUAGCAACAGAAUAUGUUUUUUCGGAUUUUUUGUUGAAGGACCCCACGGAGGCUAAGUACAAAGGGAUGCGCCUGGAGCUGGCUGUGGACAAAAUAGUAACAUUUCUAGCCGUGGGGCUACCUUUGUUUCUCAUCUCGCUCGCUUUUGCUCAGGAAGUAUCCGUAGGUACACAAAUCAGCUGUUUUGCCCCCACCAAUUUCUCCUGGAGACAGGCAGCGUAUGUGGACUCCUUUUGUUGGGCAGCAGUGCAGCAACAAGCUGACAGUUCACCGCUAUGGCUUCACAAGUUCUUUCCAUACAUCCUGCUUUCACUGGCCAUUCUUGUGUACAUCCCCGCCCUUUUCUGGCGCUUCUCCGCAGCCCCACAUCUAUCCUCGGACCUCAGUUUCAUUAUGGAGGAGCUUGACCGCUUUUAUAAUCGUGCCAUUAAAUUGGCAAAGAAUCUUGCGUCCUUGAAUACUAAAGAUAAAGACGGACCCAAUGACACAGCGAGCAGUGCUCUGGAGUUGACAGAGAGUUGCUUCAAAUACCCCUUAGUUGAGCAGUAUCUGAAGACCAAGCGCUUCUCACACCGCCUCGUAGUCACGUACCUGGCAUGUAGGAGCUUGACUCUGCUCAUCCUGCUUCUAGCCUGCCUGUACUUGGGAUACUACAUCCAACUGGCCUCCCUCACCGAUGAGUUUCCUUGUGAUCUGCGGACAGGGGUGCUAACGAACGAUAGCGCUGUGCCCUCGGCCGUGCAGUGUAAGCUCGUGGCAGUGGGCGUCUUCAGGCUGCUCAGCUACAUCAACCUGGGGGUGUAUGUGCUUCUCGCUCCGUUGGUGGUAUACGCUGCCGUCGGGCCGGCACGCCAGAGUUCCGGCUUCCUUCGGCCUUAUGAGAUGCUGCCAGGCUUCGGCGCUUUGGGCGUUGUCACGCCCUUCUACAACGACCUUAGCAUCUAUUUGCUCUUUUUGCAGGAGAACCUGAGUGAACUCAAGUCCUUUAAGUGUCUGCAGGUGCUGGAGUUGUUGCAAGAAGCCGGCGAUGAGGGCUUUGACGCCAUGUGUCUGCUGCGAAUGCUGGGUCAGGUGAAGACAGAUGUGAUAGAUUGUAAGAAGGCAUGCCCACGAAAGAAAACUAAUGAGGUCACGGCAUAAUUAACACUGAGAUCUUCAUUAACAAAGUCCUGCCAAGAACAAAGACAGCCUGAUGUGGUGUGUUGACGUACUGGAUUGUAAUAUUGGGUUACUAUUUCAAUGCAAUCUCUUAACAUUUACUUAUUUAUUAAGGCUUAAAAUGUGUAGUGAUGUGCCUUAUGUUUACCUGUAUGUCAAACUGAAAGUACUGAAAUUAAAUGUUUAACAUUUGGAAUGCUGGCACAUCACAAAAUUCACAUUAGUUACCCAACCAUAGAAGU